UUAGGAAACUCCGAAGCAAUUAUGAAGCAUUCACAAAGGUGACAAAACGUUAGAAUUUAGAUGAAAGUGGACUAAAGUGAAUGGACGUAUUCAGUAUGAACUUUAGAGUGGCGUGGUGUGGUAUUCUCUUCUCUUUCGUGCUUGGGGGAAACGCUGAUGCGGGAAGAGUGCAGGCCGCUGUCAGUUUUUUGGUUGACUGCAUUUCCAGAACCAACUCCUCUUACCAAGAGAUCGAACUGAAGUCGGAAUCCAGCCUGUCCCUUCGCGACAUCCUGCCAAUCAAAGCGAAGUACUACGACAAGAAUAGGGCUCCGAAGUUGUUGGGGCAGCCCACUAUAGUGUACUUCCAUGUUACUGUGCUGUCGUUGGAUUCCAUUAAUGAAGAGAGUAUGACGUACGUAGCAGAUAUCUUCCUAGCUCAAUCCUGGCGGGACCCUCGCCUUCGUCUGCCAGAGAACAUGCACGAGGAGUACCGGAUCCUGGACGUGGAAUGGCUCAACAAGAUCUGGAGACCAGACUGCUUCUUCAAGAACGCCAAGAAAGUCACCUUCCAUGAGAUGAGCAUACCGAAUCAUUACUUGUGGCUGUAUCAUGAUAAGACGCUGCUUUAUAUGUCCAAAUUGACGCUGGUGUUAUCGUGCGCGAUGAAGUUUGAGUCCUACCCCCACGACACGCAAAGCUGUUCCAUGAUGAUCGAAAGCUUAUCGCAUACCGUCCAUGACCUGGUGUUCAUCUGGAACCUCACGGAUCCCCUGGUUGUAAACCCGGACAUCGAGUUGCCCCAGCUCGACAUAUCCAAUAACUACACUAGCGACUGCACUAUCGAGUAUUCUACUGGAAAUUUUACCUGCCUAGCCGUGGUGUUCAACCUGCGGCGGCGGCUGGGUUAUCACCUGUUCCACACAUACAUACCCUCAGCGCUUAUUGUCGUUAUGUCCUGGAUCUCCUUCUGGAUCAAGCCUGAAGCCAUCCCAGCCAGGGUCACACUUGGAGUCACUAGUCUCCUGACUUUGGCCACCCAAAACACCCAAUCGCAGCAAAGCCUGCCACCCGUCUCCUACGUGAAAGCCAUCGACGUGUGGAUGUCGUCCUGCUCUGUCUUCGUGUUCCUCUCUCUCUUCGAGUUCGCGGUGGUGAACAACUACAUGGGGCCGGUGGCUACUAAGGCUAUGAAGGGGUACUCUGAUGAAGAUCUGUCCAGGGAUUUAGACGCGUUUAAGCACAUAUUCCCGAACACCGUGGACCCCCGCGCCAGUACCUCCGCCUCUCUCCCACAAUACGAGACCUUCUGCAACGGGAGAGAGACGGCAGUAUACAUCGAUCGGUUCUCUCGCUUCUUCUUUCCCUUCUCUUUCUUUAUACUGAACGUCGUCUAUUGGUCUACUUUCUUGUAAGUUGUCGUUUUGUACAAAAUUGUAUGGUCCCCGGAAGAUUUAA